CCUUCUGAAGGGUAGACAUUGUUUGUUUGAAAGAUACGCUAUGACGACCAAAUUAAAAUUUUAUUGUGCGUGGUUCUGUCCGUUUGCACAAAGGGUGUGGAUUGCUCUUCAGGAGAAAUGUGUGGCUUUUGAUUACAUAGAAUAUAAUCCCUACAGCGGCAAUACAGAGGAGUUUUUACGCCUAAAUCCUAGAGGACUCGUUCCUGUACUUGGGGUAAAUGGACGAUCCGUUUACGAGUCCGACAUUUGCAUCGAAUUUAUUGACGAAUAUGGGGGUCAAGCCAACAAACUGCUCCCUUCAGAUCCCAUAGAACGCGCCAAGACAAGGAUAUUAUGCAGCUUCAUAUCACGCGAGAUAAUCCCCGCUUUUUAUGGUAUGUUGUUAAAACAAGAUAAAAACACUCAGGAGAAAAUAAAAUCAGAGUUGCUACUAAGCUUGAAAACUCUAAUGGAAUACAAGUCAAAUUCGUCUACAUUUUUUGGCGGUGACAGAUUGGGAAUGGCGGAUAUUAUGUUGGUGCCAUUUGCCGUAAGAUUCCCUGUUCUGAAGCAUCACAGGGGAUUUGAAAUUCCUCAAGGUGGCGAUUACAAGACCUUUCAUAAAUGGAUGACUGCGUGCAAAGAACAGCCGUCUGUUGUCAAGUCUUCAUGCGAUAUUGAUAAAGCCAUUAUGGUGUACCAGUCAUAUGCAGAUGGGUCUGCAAAAGUUAGAAGCAAAAUUUAAAUAUUUAUUGUUCACCUCCUUCAAAUGAUGACCAGUGCACUGAUGGAAUCGUGGGUGAAAUUAAAAUAUAAUCUCUAACAAUUAUAAAAUCUGUUCAU